AUGUCGGCACUCCGUGAGCACUUUCUCCUCUCGGCUGACCAUGUCCAUCUCAACCACGGCUCGUUUGGCGCUACGCCCAAGGCGGUGUUGGCGGCUCAGAGUGCUGCACGCGAGGCCAUCGAGCUUCAUCCGGACGCUUACUAUCGAUCGACGUCUCGGGCUGCCUUUGCUGAUGCUGGAGGUGGUGAGCUGGCCUCUGGCCGGGCCUCGCGGGUGGCGGCACGUCAGCUCGCGGCAGAGCUGUUUGACGGCGAGGCCGAUCGGCUGGCCUUUGUGGUCAACGCGACGACAGCGGCCAACGCGGCGGUCAUCUCGCUGCCUGAUCUCAAGCCGGACGAGUGUGUGGUCGAGUUCUCGCCGCUCAUCUACGGCGGCUGCCACGCUGCCUUUGCCCGCCAGGCCGAGCGCUGCGGCGCCGAGCUGGUUUCGAUCAAGGUCUCAACGCUCGCCCCGAGCGUUGAUGAGUUUGUGACGCCCAUCCAGGAGAUUCUGGCAUCGCCGGACGCGCCGCGCAUCCGCAUGGUUCUUCUCGACCACAUUGUAUCGACAACUGCCGAGGUUCUGCCUGUGGCCGACAUUGUGCCUGCCCUGGCGGCAGCCAGGCUUGCUUCCGGCGGCGACUUUCACAUUGUGGUCGACGGGGCCCACGUGCCUGGCCAGCUCCCGCUCUCACUGCGGGAGAUGACGAAGCUCGGCGUCGACGUGUACAUCGGCAACCUGCACAAGUGGAUGUUUGCGCCCAAGGGCGCGGCCUUUGUCUACGCCGCGUCGGACGCCGGUAAGGCGCUGAUGCGCCCGCCUAUCGCCUCGCACGCCACCGGCGCCCGCCUCGGCUUUGUGCCCGAGUUUGACGACCAGGGCACUCGUGACGACACCGCGUGGCUCGUCCUCCCCGCCGCGCUGGCCUUUAUCGAUACAGUCUGCGGCGGGCUGGAGGCCAUGCGCGCGAGCCAGGCGGCCAUCCUCGCUGCAGGCGUCGACAUGCUGACCACCGCGUGGGGCACGUCGUCGCCUACCUCGCUCGAUCCCGCCGCAGGCGCCCUCGCCAUCGUCCCCCUGCCGCCGCCGCCGGCCUUCCUUUCCCCGCCGUCGAACCACCACGCGUGGGCGCUCUCUGCCCACCUCCAUCGGACCGCCGGCAUCACUGCCUUCACCGUCGUCCUCGACGGCGCGUACUACGUUCGCAUCUCUGCACAGAUCUACAACACGCCAUCCGACUACCGCACCCUCGCCGACGCCAUCACCGCCGUCUUCUCGGCCGCCUCACCCGAGGCCAUCGGCUACGAGGACAUGAUCCCCUACUCGGACUGGUAG